AUGAUGUGCUACAGAAUGUUUAUGGCUAUGUGGAUGGCUAUGUGCUUGGUACCUAUUGCCACCAUAUCACCGAAUUCAGUGUUGAUUAGAUCCCUAUCACCGAAUGAUAUUGUCGUAUACAUUCCACUCCACAUCAUAGUAUACCGUGAUGGCCGAUACGAAAAACUCGUCGGUUGUGAUACCACUCCCGCGGGGGUUGAUCCUUCUUCCGGAGUUCAAUCUAAAGACGUGGUUAUCUUACCCGACGCUCCUCUUUCCGCGAGGCUUUACAUUCCCAAGUCCCAAAACCGCCACGUCAAAAAGCUACCCCUUUUAUUCUAUUACCACGGUGGCGGUUUCAUAUGUGGAACCGCCGCUGAACCAAACACGCAUAACUUGUUAAAUCUCAUCGCGGCGGAAUCCAACGCCAUGAUAGUUUCUGUCGACUACCGAACUGUGCCGGAUAAUCGCAUCCCCACAGCCUACGACGAUUCGUGGGAAGCAAUCAAGUGGGCCGCCCAACACGUUGACGGGAAUGGACCGGAGUCAUGGAUUAACGAAUACGCCGAUCUCGGACACGUGUUCUUUGCGGGCGAGAGCUCGGGCGCCAAUAUUGCCCACCAAAUGGCAAUCCGGGCCGGGUCAGAAAAUAUGGGUGGGAGCAUAAACCUUGAGGGAAUCAUCCUGCUCCACCCAUUUUUUUGGGGAGCAACAUCCGUCGGGUCGGAAGAUCCGAACUCCAAGUAUAUUGAGUAUGUUGAAAUGAUAUGGACAUUUGACUACCCAGAAACAAGUGGGCUAGAUGACCCGUUUCUUAACCCGGCUAUGGAUCCGAAACUCUCGAAUCUGGGAGGCUCCAAAGUACUUGUUUAUGUUGCGGAGCUUGAUAACUUACGAAACCGGGGGUGGUAUUACAAGUACAUUUUGGAAAAAAGUGGGUGGAAGGGGAAGAUAAACGUUAUUGAGGACAAAGGGGUGGGGCAUGUGUACUUUUUAUCCGACCCUUCUCUUGAAAGUGCUCGAGCAAUGCGCACCAACAUUUCUACCUUCAUCAACACUUAA